GUAACUGAGCUGGCCGGCCGUCUUGUCCAACCAAGUCACAUUGACUAUCUUGGUCCAGCGGAGAGCUACAUAAGACAAGGACCUCCUCGACCUGGCUCCUCUUGCGCCUCCAACCUUCCGCUCUCUGCUCCAGCUUCUGCACUCCUCGGCCCUUCCCCCCUUUUCCCAGCGACCCCUUCGCUGACCGCCGUGUCCCUUCGUUGUUGCGCGGAUCUUGUCUGUUCUCCCGUCGAUCGCCUUCCCCCAUCCGCCAACAUGCAUUUCAAGUCCGUCGUCGUCUCCGGUCUCGUGGCCGCCGCUGCCCGGCAAGCCGGCGCCUCCCCUUGCCCCAAGCCGCCGCCGACCUACAAGCCCAUCACCAGUAUCCAAUUGGGCCCGAGACCCUACUGGCUGGUCAACGACAUGGACGAGGGCCCUCUCAAGGAGAAGCUGCAGUCGUGCUCCGAGCAGCCCAUCAAGCCCUCCGAUUGGAGCAUUGGACACCGCGGCGGCGGUACGAUGUUGAUCCCCGAGGAGUCGGUCGAGUCCAACCUUGCCGGGGCCCGUAUGGGUGCUGGCGUCCUCGAAUGCGACGUCGCCUUCACCAAGGAUCGCGAGCUCGUCUGCCGCCACUCGCAGUGCGACUUGCACACGACGACCAACAUCGUCGCCAUCCCCGAGCUCAACGCCAAGUGCACCACCCCUUUCACCCCGGCCGGCAACGGAACUGCGGCUACCGCCAAGUGCUGCACGUCGGACAUCACCGUCGCCGAGUUCAAGACGCUCUGCGGCAAGAUGGACGGCUUCAACGCCUCGGCCACCAACCCCAAGGACUUCCUGCUCGGAACCCCUCGAUACCGCACCGACCUGUACGCCACUUGCGGCACCGUCAUGACCCACAAGGAGCAUAUCGCCAUGACCAACGAUUUGGGCCUGAAGUUCAGCCCCGAGCUCAAGCUGCCCGAGGUUGAGAUGCCAUUUGAGGGAGACUACACCCAGGAGCAGUACGCCCAGCAGCUCAUCGACGAGUACAAGGAGGCCGGCGUCGCGCCUGAGCGCGUCUGGCCCCAGUCCUUCCACUACCCCGACGUCCUCUACUGGCUCAAGGCCGAGCCCACGUUCGGCAAGCAGGCCGUCCUCCUCGACGAGAACGGAGAUACGCCCGAGACCUUUCCCUUGGCCGUCGGCAACCUGACCGAGUACGCCGCUGCAGGCGUCAAGAUCAUGGCGCCCCCCCUGUACUAUCUCGUUAGCGUCGAGGACGGCAAGAUCGUGCCCAGCAGUUACGCCAUCAAGGCCAAGGAGCUGGGCCUCAACAUCAUCUCGUGGUCCCUCGAGCGUUCGGGUUUCUUGGGCGAUGGCACUAAGGGCGGAUACUACUUCACCUCGGUCGCCAAUGUCACCAACAACGAUGGCGAUGUCUACAACCUGCUGAACGUCCUGGCCCAGGAUGUUGGUGUCUUGGGAGUCUUCUCCGACUGGAGUGCUACCGUCACAUAUUAUGCCAACUGCUUUGGUCUGUUCUAGAGGAUCAACGGCAUGGUUGGGUGGAGGGUUUAGCGAAGACAUGAGGCUGUAGGAAGACGAAAAGAAAAGGACAAUAAUGACCACGGCCAUGUUGACGAUGAUGAUCAGACAUGGAGGCCGACUUGUACAAAACAUAUAGAACCGUACAAAGUAAUGCCAGACCCCCCGAUACCCGUCUCACAGAGAGAGACGCCCCAG